CUAGGUAAUAAAUAAUGAAUAUAAUUGGAAUUAAUUUGGUCAUGUAAUUGAAGCCUAAAUAUGUAAUAAACAAAAGGACUAAGUACAUGUGUAGGUAAGACUAUGGAAGUAUAAUGAGAGAGGUGAGCCGCUGAAAAAACUAAAAUGAACCUCCCUCCCCAUUUUGCAGAGGAAGCAUAAAACCCUCCUAAAACCCUCCUAAAACCCUAACAGUCUUAAAGCUCGUUUCUUAAACCCACAAAAUUGGUGGAUUAAUCGAGGGAAUCAAAUCAUGAUGAAAGGGGGGAAAUCAUCCGCCAUCAAAUUGGCCGAGAAAUGCAAGAAUAUACUGGCUUCUAAUUGGCAAGGUAACCUUAACACCAUUAAAGCUGAUGCCCAAGGAAGCAAGGACGAAAUUUACAGUUCGAAAGUGAAGUAUUUUGUGAAGAAAGGAAAGCCGUAUAUUUGGGUACCCGAGAAGGAGUUGCAUAAUGUGAACACUAUUGUUGACGAACGUGGCUCUUUUGCCGUGAGCAGCCCAUUUCCGGGCCCACUUGUACAAAUACUUAAAUCAAUAAGAAAGCUACCAGCUAGGGUUGCUCUUGUUGGUGAUGUCGUGCGCCUCGAAGAUGAAAAGGCUAACUCAGCGGCUGAAAGCCUUAGGGAAACUGUAUUAGCAUACCAGAGAGCUGUCAAUGAGUCGAGCUAUUCAGUUUCUGGAAUAUUGAGUUCGCCCGAAUUUAAUUCCACUUCUCGGAUUGAAAAUCUGCAGGACUUAUUCCAAGGCAACGAUCAAUACUCGGUGUACAGGUUCAAUAUAAGUUCGUGCAUGUAUAUUGAUGGCAAGGGCGCAACUCAUGAAGUAAAUCUCGAGGAUAUGGAAAAGUCUAAGGCGGAUCCUUUAUCUCCAUUUUUGACGAGCCUGAUUGAUGGAAUUAAUCGAAGUGAAACGAGGCGUCGAGCUCUAGUUCUUUUCUGCAUUGCUUUCCUAAAUGAAAAUGCAAAGGAUGCUUUUCUUCUUUCAGCAGAUAGGAAGGGAUUUGAAGUGCUGGGAAAAGUUCUCGGUUCGUUGAACGAGGAUGGUUCUCGUGAGUAUCAAUGGAAAGAGUUACGAUUCACGUUCAAAGACGAGGCACGCGAUUUAGAAAUAUUCUGUCAACACCUGCUUCAAAUGGAAGAGGAAGCCCUCAAGAGUAUCUCACAUUCCGCUGGUAUAUGAGUUUGACCACAAACUAUUAAAGAGUUAUUUUGUUUUUAACAUAUAUCAUACACGACAAUACUGAAGUCUUCUCGUGAAGUAGGUAUGAUUUGAUUCAUGCAGUUAUUUACACUUUUUAGAACUUACUCUAGAAAUGCAUAAUCAAGUGAUUUGAAUUGUAUGUAUAAGUAACCUUGAAAUGAUAUUUCGAUCUUAUUAGGUACAGUUGGAAUAUGGGAUUGAUAUUUGCUUUUUA